AUGGUGAGUGACAAUGGUCCUCAAUUCACAUCUAGCGAAUUUGAAGUAUUUGCGAGGAACAAUGGAAUUAAGCACAGGACGUGCGCGCCAUUUAAGCCUUCAAGUAACGGGCAAGCUGAGCGGUACGUUUAUACUGUUAAACAAGCUCUAAGAGCCAUGCAGAGUCAUCCUGGAAACAUUAAUCAAAAACUUAGCACAUUCCUAAUGAAUUAUAGGAAAGCACCUAAUUUGACAACCUUGCAAAGUCCAGCCAUGCUUUUCUUAAAGAGAGAAAUUAGAACUAGGAUUGAUCUAGUUCGUCCCAAUCUGAAGCAAAGAGUUGAAGAUCGUAUCCGAAAGGAUUCAUAUCAUUUCAAGGACAGAAGUUUUGAGAUAGGGGACAGAGUCGCUAUUCGUGAUUACCGAUCGGCAAAUCGCCGAUGGAAAAUUGGCACAGUGAUCAACAAGGACGGUGUGCUGCAUUACACUAUCGAUGUGCAAGGAACAUUGAUACGCCGUCAUAUUGACCAAAUGAGAGCAGUAGGGAGUGAGGUACAGUCUUCUCCAGUGAUUUAUGAACCGUAUGUAGCAGCUACUUCGAAGGAUGUGAAUCCAGAACCGCGGUCUGUGGUCAAUGACUUUAGUAAAGAAACUGAAGUUUCGCCGACUACACCUGCUAGACCUGGAACGUUGGUGGUGUCCAGAAACACAAUCCCAACACCACCGGUGAAUCAGGACUUGGACUCACACCAACCUGAACUGAGGAGAUCUACACGAAUCCGCAAGACUCCCCAGAGAUUAGAUCUCUAA